CACGGAUUUCAGUGUUCUCUGAUUCCAACCAUCGUUAACAGUUAACAGCAGAUAUGAGACCCGGCGCCGGAUCCCGCCGACAACCCAACGACUCAUUCAUUCCGCCGCCAACUCCGCUGGAUUUCCAUCAGCGCAAUCAGUUCCCCCGCGACUCCGACGCCAGUUUCGCAAGUAGCCGCCCUUCUUCCGCCGGAGGCGGCGCGGGGCGCACGAGGUUCGAGGACUACAAGGAGCGCCACUUUCAGCAAACGGUGAUUUCCGCCAUCAACUCGUUCCUCUUGUCGCGGAACUUUCCCAUCAGCUUCAAAUCCGGCGGCACCACACCUUCCGCGAAGGACAUCCUCGAAACCCUAAAGUUCCUUCUGAGAGAGAUCGAGUACCCUGUGUCGAAACUCGAAGAGGAUCUUCCCCGUCUCCUGAAGCGCCUGAAUUACCCGUUCAAGCUCAACAAGUCCAUCCUCAAAUCCCCCGCUGCCCCUCACCAGUGGCCUUACUUGCUCGCACUCAUUCACUGGCUCGUUCAGAUCGCCUCCUUCAGCUCUCACCUCUCCCAAUCCACCUCCAAUACCGUCUCUUCCCUCCUCCAGGUCAACCUUGUCCACCAGUACACCCUCAAUUCCUAUCUUAACUACAUUAAGGGCCGUGAUGAUGUGGUUGAAGAACUCGAACUCGACAUCAUGGACAAGCUCAACCAUCAGAAGGCCCUGGCCCAGGAGAAGCUCGAGGAUGCCAACAAUGAGCUCAAGAGUUUGAGGGAUGACUUGGAGAGGCUGAGGUUGCAUCCCGUAAAGAAGGAGGAGCUGGAGAAGACUAAGGGCAUGCUAGAGGACGAUGUGAAGAAGUUUAAUCUUCUGAUUGAGGAUGUUGGGAGGAAGAUUGAGGAGAUGGAGAAGGUGCUGGCAGAGAAGGAGAAGGUUCUGGAGGCGAAGGAGCGAGAGAACCUUAGGGUUUGCGAGGAGAACAAGGAACUCAGGAGGACGGUGGAGGCACAGCCUGUGAAUGCGAGGGAUGUGGAGAGGAUGAAGAGGGAGUUGCAGGCUUUGGAGAGGGAGAUCCAGGAGGGCGAGCUUGCCAGGAAUGUUUGGGAGGACAAGUUCUGGGAAAUCGAGAAUAAUCUUUCUCACAAGUUCAAGGAGCUUGAGGUGCUUGCUUUGGAUUGCAACCAAGAGCUGAGGAGGUUGAAGAUAGGUGAUGAUAUUCAGUAUCAGUUGAAUGCCAAGGGAACUACGCCUGCUGAGAUUAUGGGUUUUGACCAUAAAUUGAGUCUGAAGCCUGCACUUAACUCAUACACUGAAGACAUUAAGAAGACUUCUAUGGCGAGAUUGGAAGAGUUAAUUUCCUAUCAACAAAUGUCCAAUGAAAAUGCUGCUAGGCUUGAGGGAAAAAGAAAUAAUGUUGCAACAUUGCAGUCACAGAUUGAUAAAAUGGAAGCUGAACUAAACACGAUAAAGAAUGAAACACAAGAUUAUGUAAAUAGAUGUUCAGCUGAAGCAAAGCGAAUGUUGGAGGAUGUCCACGUAGCAGGUCAUGACCUGGACAUUAUGGAAAGAGAGGCAGCUGAGGUUCUGAAGGCUGCCCAAUUGAAUUUGCAGGAAGCAAUUAAGCAAAGUGAAGAAGAAAUACAAAUGCGUGCUCGUGAGCUCCUGAAGUUGGUUGAUUCAGUCUCAAAGUAUAAAGAAUACGUGGGGUCUAAAAUUUCAGAGAUGAAUAGGGAACUAUCAGAAACUGCAACUGCUGUCUCUGAGGCAUACCGGGGUUCAUUUCCAUCCCAAUUCACCAAUAUUUUGAAUACAAAUCGCCAGCCUGAGACACAGAAAUUAGAUAUUCCGGCCACAAAAAUGGGAGGGCGAGACAAAGAGACAAAGUCGUGA